ACGGCGUCAACCCAAACACUCCUCUCUUUCUCUGCAACUUGUCUUCCCCUCUGUAAUCUAGCUCUCCCCUUUCUCACUUUCCCUGACUACCGUCUCCUCCGUGGAUCGUCGUUUCAUUUUCCCACAAAAAUACAUUCUCUUUCUGUUCCUUCCUUCCGGCGUCUCCAUCUUUCCCAUUUUCAUUGUACUUCUCAGUUUGGCUUAAGUGGGAACUGGUUCAAGAUAAGCUGUACUGGGAAGUUAAUUUAGUGAUUUUUUUUUUUUUAGUUGGGGUUGGGUCGGAAAUGGAAGCCAGGAUGACCAAGUACAGGCAGGUUAGUCCAGAGAGGACGAAAGUUUGGACAGAGAGAUCGCCCAAGUAUUAUCAACAGCAGAGCAGGAAGGUCUCUGUUGUUUACUACCUCUGUAGAAAUCGGCAGCUGGAGCACCCUCAUUUCAUUGAGGUUCCUCUUUCUUCAUCUGAUGGUCUUUACUUAAGAGACGUUAUCGAGAGGCUUAAUGUUCUUAGAGGCAGAGGAAUGGCAUCCAUGUAUUCUUGGUCCUGCAAAAGAAGCUAUAAGAGUGGAUUCGUGUGGCAUGAUCUUUCUGAAGACGAUUUAAUCUUUCCCGCUCAUAGAAAUGAAUAUGUUCUCAAAGGUUCUGAGCUCUUUGAAGACUCUGGUUCAGAUCGGUUUAUUCAUGUUGGAAAUUUAAGAUUGCAAAAUCUGAAGCAACUACCUGAGCUUCCAUCUUCUUCUAAGAUUCGAGAUGAUUCUUCAUCAUCUUCAAGCAUAAAUGAGAAGAGGACAAAGGAUUCUCGGGACGAUGAGGUCUCUCCUCCACUUCAAAGGCCUGGCUCCUCUGAGGUGUCCUCGGAGUCGAGCUGUGGGAAGAAUUCUUCUUGGGUUGGCUCCUUAGGCUUGACAGAGUACAAGGUUUGUAAGGGUGAUGGGUUAGCAGAUGCUUCCACACAGACUGAAGAAAAUGUACGUAGGCCUAAAGCACGGGAAACUUGUAUAAGGGGUGUUUCAACCGAUGAUGGAUCAUUAGAACAGGAAUGCAAUCAGAAUUAUCAGAAACAGGUUUCAUUUGUGAAAGAGAACUCUGAGACAUGCAGGAAUCCAGCAGCCCCUCCCCCAUCCACGUCAAGUGCAUUGUCUUCUGGAGGGAAGACUGAAACCUUGGAAUCUCUAAUCAGAGCUGAUCCUAGUAAAAUCAACAGUUUUAGGAUUCUAGAAGAGGAAGAACUUCGAAUGACAACCAAUGCAAGGCUCAAGGCUACAAAUAUGUUGAUGCAAUUGAUCUCAUGUGGGUCUAUAUCAGUGAAAGAUCCAAGUUUUGGCCUUGUUCCAGCCUACAGGCCUAGGUUUUCCCAUACAGAAUUUCCCUCUCCAUUGUUCUCUACUCCAAUCAUGUUGGGGGAGCUUGAUUGCUUAGCUGAGAAUCCAAGGCUGAUGGGCCUGAGAUUAGAAGACAAGGAAUAUUUCAGUGGGAGCUUAAUUGAGACAAAAAUGCUCAAGGAAGAUGCUGAUGGACAUGCCUCUCUGAAGCGUUCUUCUUCCUACAAUGCAGACAGAAGUUGUAAGCAGUUGGAUUCAGCUGAAGAGAAAGAGGAGGCAAACUCUGGACGUUCUAAAUGCAUUCCCCGUUCAAUCAAGGCCUCAAUAAACAGGCAACUGCGAAGUGAAUCUAUGAGAUCCCCUGUCCCUGAAAAACCAAGAAACUCCUCUGAUGGGGUUAACAGCUCACAGGCUGUAUGUAAUGGUAGCAGCAAAAGCAUAAGCAAUCCUGUUCCAGUUCCAGGUAAAAAGCAAUCAAAAAGGAUAGAUUCCUUCAGAGAAGAUGAGAAGGUGAUUAAAAUUGAAGAAAGUUAAGUUUCGACUCCUUCCCACUAGCAAAAUUUGGUCCUCAAAAUUAUCAUCACACUCUCAAACUCAUUAGUGCAUGUUGACAUUUUACAAGUUUCCUUUCAACAGGCUUGCUUCGGGAGCUCGGGUUAUAAUCCAAUCCAAGGCGCCGCGUGACACUGCUGUCAGCUGCUCUUAGAGGACCAGUUUGGAAGUGGAGGCAUAACAGUUGCACUUAUACCAUGGAUUCCUCUUGCCUUAGAAUUCCACUAGGAAAAGGGAAACCCCUUCCUUGAGUGCUCACUAGUGAUUUGAAAAUAUAUUCAAACGAUGGUAGAUAUUUUGGCGGGUCCAAAGUAAUGAUUCUGUAAAAUCUAGAAAGAUGAAAAAAGAGAGAGACACAAUUCCGAGUGAGAUUGGGUGGACGUGGGGUCAGGACUCAGGAAGAUGGUUUGAGUCAAGCUUUCCCCUGAAAAGUUCUGUACUUAAGCCUGUAACUACAAUUACAGUAUGACCCUUGUCUGCAUGUGGGAUUAGAUUAUUUCACGCACAGAGUCCACAGGUUUCUCUUUCUUCCUUGGAUUGUAAAUUAUUGUAUGGAAUUAUUAUUGUCAUCCUGGUCAAAAUCAGCAUUUUCAGAAUUCUAAGGGAUCCUAUGUCAA